AUGAGCUUCCAGGACAGGAGCGCACAGAGCGUCCAGAGCCUCCUCGCCCUCCUCCGUGAGACGCAGGAGGGCACAGACGACGACAUUCCACCCACCACCACCUCGGGGCCGACGAGGGCAGCGACGGGCGGACCUUCCACUGGAGCAACAUUUGGCCGCCGACCCAGUUCGUCAGCGGCAACAUCCCAGCCGCAGCCGCGUGUAUCGAGCGGCACAGGUGGAGCCGGCGCUCAAGGAGGUGGUGGACCGGUGCCGUCGUCAAGCAUGCUUUCCUCACUGCUUGCCCAGUUGAGCGAUCACCCAGGCGUCCCCACGCCUCCAACGACCUCCACCGCCGCUGCCCAAAAUCAGCCCCGCCCCUCGCGGCCCGGCGCUAGCUCAGCGUUUGACGGUCGCCGCGGGCAUGUUGACCUCUUCGGCCCUGUAGGUCAGACACCUGGUCCGUCAAAGGCAUGGGAACCCGCCGGCGUGCGCCGUGUGUCUGGUGAUGGGAUGGUGACGAGCGGCGCGGCGAGUGUCCGCGAUCAGCGGCCUGGUCCGACGUCGGCUUUGGGCAACGCAGAAGCUGAGGCCAUGGUCGCGGUAUCGGCGACAGCAGUGGAUAAGGGCAAACGCAAAGCCGACGAGCUGGACGAUAACAAGGCUACAUGGAGCUUUACGCGCUGCCUGCCCGUCAUCACUGAUUUGCUGCGAGACGACGACUUUGUCCGCGAGCUCAGGAAGAUGAAGUCCGACCAGGAUGCACUGGAACGCCGCCUGUGGGCGCGCAUGGAGAAGAUCAAGGCUGAUCACGGACGCAAGACCGCGCCUGAGCGCGAGAUCGCCAAGAUCACACGCAAGACAGUACCAGCCGACAAGCAGGCUCAAUGGGCUCGAGAACUCAAGAAAGAGCUCGACACCUUCUUCCGCACCCACGUUCUCCCCACUCAGGAUGGACUGAUAGCUCGCCAACGUGCGAGGCUGGUAGAGCUCGACGUCCCCGGACUGGGAGACGACAACGACGCUUCAGCACUCGACAGGGAGGCAAGGACGAGGGAGAAGGGCCGCGUGAAACGUAUAAUGGACGUGUUGGACGGAGCGAUCGCCGACGCGUGA